AGAGCUACCAGCCUCGGGAGGAACUAGUGUGGUCAGCGCCACAUUAUUGGAACUCUGAUGGUAAACAAUCCCUCCUCAAGGACACACGACCUGCCGAUUAUUCCCCGAUAUUUUCCACCUUUUCCGACCGUACCCCCGAGUUUUGGUUAUAUUGGAGCGAGAGCUUGGAGGUGUGUGGGUGUGGCGAGGUGGACUCUGGCCAACUACGGGAGGAAACGACGUUUUUAUUCCUGUGCCGUAGAGUUGUGAGCAAUGGAUGGAGGUUUGUUAUCACUGCGGUGGAAUGACCACGGCCAGACAUUCUUCAAGAUGCUCUCCGGUGUGAGAAAAAGGGAGGCGUACUGUGAUGUUACUCUUGCGUGUGAUGGACGCUUUUAUCCAGUCCACAAGCUGGUCCUCUCUACCUGCAGUGAUUUUUUUGAUCAGAUGUUUGAAAAAACAGCAUGCAAACACCCAGUGAUUGUUGUUGCCAAUGUUGCAUACAAAGAUCUCGAAGCACUGCUCAAUUACAUGUACUUGGGUGAAGUAAAUGUUCUACAGACUGAACUUACUGGGCUCAUGAAGGCUGCUGAGGCACUGAGAAUCAAGGGUCUAGCAGAGCCUUCCAAGGGGCCAUCGUCAAGGGAUUUUAGAGAAAACAAGAGGUCUUCAUCGAGGGAUGGAGAUUUGACUGAUAGCAAACGAAAGAGAACUGAAGAAACCCAAAACAUUUCGAGACAGAACCAAUUGCCGGCCUCUGAGAGUGACAGAAUGGUGAAUUCCAGAGAAACUCAAAAGUCGAAAGUAACGAAUAAUGAUUCUCGAGCACCAGUAGUCAAGGCGCAAGGUCCAUCAAGCUGUGGUAGUAAUUCUAGCAAUUCAACAGAUCAUCCGGGUGCCUCCUCAUCUACAGAGCCUUUAGGGAAUUCAACAAAGCAAGACUUGGGUGCGUCUUCCCAAAGUGAUGCUGAAAAUGAUCCAACUGACAAGGCUCUUAGACCUGAGGUUAAAAUGGAGGAAGUAUUAGUAAAAGAAGAGCCAUCAGGCUGGUUUCCUGAAACUGAGGAAGGCCUCGAGAGCUUACAAUUUAGCGAGGCAGAUACAAGCCUCGGGUACACACACCAGCCAACAACUUUCCGGGGUGGAUGUCUGCCGUGGGAUUUGGCCGCUGCUGCCACCCAGGCUCAUGUCCUUGACUCUCAGUUGUCACAGGGCAUUCCAGGACCCUCAAGAAUGCAAGGAACAGAAGAAGAUCCGUCCCAAGCAAGACCAAUGAACGAGAAGUUCGUUAUUACUGACUCGCUGGAAGCAGCCAGCUCGCACAAAGUGACAUCACAAACGUCGUUUAUUGACAUUGGAACCCUUGACCUGUCAUUACCCAAGAGAUUUUCUAAAUAUCUCAUCAAAAAGAUUCUGACGACCCGGUUUGUUCCACACAGACAUUGGAAGCCUCCCCAACGACAAUUUGGCAAGUAUAGAAGACGUGUGCCCGAAAAGUUGUUCAACAACCAGCAGUAUCCCACACUGCGUUACAGUGUUGUUCAGGAUGGUCUGUACUGUGCUCCAUGCGUUGCCUUCCAGAACACUGAUGCCAUUCUGGUCGGGAAGCCUCUCCAGGACUGGAGCAACGCAAUUCGUCACACAUUGUAUCAUUUACAGUCAGAAGGACAUUUGUUCGCUUUUCAUGUAGCGGCCAAAUUCUUGAGCAAUUAUGAAACUGAAAGGUCAGGCAGUGACACGGAGUCUACAGAGUUUUCACCACAUGUUACUGAACAAGAACCAUCGGGUAAUGAUAUUAAAGAGAUUCCUCCAUCCCCUUGAAAUUGGACCUUGGUCAGUUAUCUAAUUUAUGGCUUGUGCUUUAUUUCAACACUAUAUCCGUCUCUUCACUAUCAGAUUUGUUUUGAUACAGUAUUGUUUUACCAUUUGUUUAGCAUGGGCUUGGAAAGGAGUUUACUGAAUAAUGUAUUAUUGUACUUGGAAGGUGUUUUCUAACUACUCUAUUGUCUGUGUACUGCAUUAAAUGAACUUGGAAAUGUAAAUGAAAAUUAUAAUACAAUACGUGCAUUUGUGAGUAAAGGAUGACUACCAUUGCUGAGUGGGGUAUAGCCUACUUGGGAAGGGGGUAUUUGCCAGUGUUUGGAGUAGAGUGUACCUGGGUUUACCUACUGGUUUUGUGAACAUGGUGUACUUCAGUGGAAAAUAUGUGUGUUGUGAGCAUAAUGUUGUAAGGGACUUCGCUGCCCCAUUUGUACUAAAAGUGGGAUAGCUAGGCUGGCUGACUGACUGAAGAGACUGUACUUUAUUAACUAAAUAAUUACAAGGUGAGCACUUCACCAUACAGUAUGUACUGUAUGAGGUUGCCGACUCUGUCUCUCGGAGAUGCCAAAAGACACUUACUAGAACAGGGAAAUUUCAGUGGUGAGCAUAUCAAGGAAAAUACAAAAUUCAUUUAAAAAAGUCCACUCAGUGUGCUCUAAAUAAAUCCAGGAAUUACUACUUGCAAAACAAGGUUACUGCAUUUUGAUCAUUACAAAAUAUCACUCAUUAUUGUUAUUUUACAUGUGAACUAGAAUCUGUACAAAGACUAGCCACCCUGAAGGCAUCGACUAAAUUAUUAUUUAAAUACCAAAUUUUGUAUGGGGGGGGGGUGUACCGGAGAGGAGUGUGUGGGGGUGUGUGCACCUGGGAGGAGUGCAUAUGGGUGUACCUGGGAGGAGUGUGUAUGGGUGUACCUGGGAGGAGUGUGUACAGGUGUACCUGGGGAGUGUACCCAAGAGGAGUGUAACAUUUAGUUGUGUAAGUAGAUGUGACUGUUGGUGUUGUGUACCCUAGUGGGGAGGUGGUGUCUACCGAUUAAUCUGCAAAAUAUGUGUAUAAGAACAUAAAGAAGAGCUCAUUUGCCACUUGAACAAGAGGGAAGAUGAAGAAAAUAUAAUUUAAGAUAAAAAUUUAAAUAAAGAAAAAGAGGUGAAAAAUCAAAUCCCCAUAACUGAUUAUGGUGUUAUAAUAGGUUUAAAACAAACGAAAGAAUUUGUGGUGUUUGUAAAAUGCUAUAGGAAGUAAUAACACCUGGUAUUGCAUGUAUAUGUAAAUAUAGAUUUUACACUUCUUGGGAACAAUUGAAAGAAAACAAUGGUUUUUGCAUUUUGCCCAGCAGGCAAAAUUGCUCUUGAGUAAUAUUUAAUGCAUUGAUUAUUUAUUAUUUAUUAUUAUUAUUUACUAUUAAUGAUUACAAAUCAUUAUUUACCCAUAGUCAUGGGUACCUAUGGUUACCCAAUUUUUUCUAUGUUUAUUAUCAUGGGAUUUUCAUGAAAGGCAGACCAUUGUGGAAUGACUUUGCAAGGCAUAGCAACGAGGAGAUAUGUAAUCAGAAAUUUGAUUUUAUGGAGAACUUGCUAACUAUCUUUGUCGAGUGGGGAAAAUGAUAUGAACAGUCACAUCCCAACUCUAAGAAAGCAACACCCAGGAAUGAGAACACAGGUGGUUAAAGAUCGGUAAAUCCAAAUCCAAAUGAGGGAAUGGAAACAAAAGGUGUCACAGUAUAAAAUUGCGGGAUGAAGAAAAGUGAUUCUUGAAGACAACAUGGCCUGAUACCCAAAAUAAGAGAUGCAAAAAACGGUAGCCUAGAAAAUGUUUGACAAAUCAAGUAAGGAAAAAAUGCAAUGAAGAAUGACCAGAAAGGCAGAUUUAUGUAAAUGCUUUGCUAGAGAGUAUGCAGAUAGUCACAGAAUGCAGUUCUUGUAUAAAAAUGCAUAAACAUGCUCAGAAAGAAAAAUGCCAGAAUUCAGUGUAAUGAAAUGCCUCAUUCUGGGAGAGCCUCGGUGGCUUUCUGUAGCCAUCUUUGCUGAGAUGGCUUCCCACUACUGAGUCGCGUCUGCCAUAGGAUUCUUGUAUGGUCUGUCGGGGACCAUAGCUAGAACUCCCUCACCCUCCUUAACCCCUCAGAGGUGUAAGGAGCUGAGGAUUGUUAAGAUCACCCUCGCCAAUAAAGCAUCCAGAAAGUGAGCAAAGCAAUGUAGUCAACUGUAAGGUUCGCAGAAAAUGAAACACAAGAGUCUAAUGGCUCUGUAAAUGAUUCAUUUAAAUCCAAAUGAUUUACUGAAAACUAGCUUGAACCCCAUAGUGUGAAUGGCCAUCAGCAGGUGGUGCUCCUGGUUUCUACUGCAGCAAUUACUCAGUCCGGAGUUCUGAAGCCAUGAAUUGACACACCUGGUAGGGGUGAGGGGAGGAAGUCAGCCACCAGAAUGAGGGGGUUUCCAUUACACUCAACACUUGUUUUCUGGAGGAGCUUCUAUUGGCUUCCUGAAGCUAAGUAAUAACAAAGAAGAUAGAAGACAUUGGACUUGCCAGGAAGGAUGUGUGCGGCAACUAUAUUCACAAAGAUGAGAUUCCAGACCGGGAAAUUUGACACAGGACAACACAAACUCGAUUGGAACUUGGAAAAUUUGCCAGAUAAUGAACUAUCAGGAUCAUGUUAGAUCCUCCCCAUACCAAUGAACCCAAAAAUCAGCCCAUGACAUAUUAGCAAUACAGCGGCCAAAGCCAUGAACUUGUAAGCAUCAUGGGCAUCAGGGUAGACCACAGGCUGGCUAAAUUUAAUGAUGCUAUUGACAGCUGGGUGGGCGGCAGCUAUCAGCUGGAUGGUGCCUAAGAGCUGGGUGGACAGCACUUCGGAUUCGUAGUCCUGAUGUUCCAGAUUCGAUCCCCGGUAGAGGCGGAGACAAAUGGGCAAAAUGUUUUUUCACCCUGAUGCUCCUGUUACCUAGCAGUAAAUAGGUACCUGGGAGUUAGACAGCUGCUACGGGCUCCUUCCUGGGGGUGGAGGCCUGGUCAAGUACCAGGCCGCAGGGACACUAAGCCCCGAAAUCAUCUCAAGAUAACGGACAACCUAAGACAACUGUGCCUGGAGCAGAAAACCAAUGACACUGGACCAACAGGCAGGGCAUCCACUGAAGCAGAGUGGGUGGUGUGCAAAUAAUGAUGAACCACUGUGAUGGGAAACAGCAAAUGAUGCAACUCUGGCCAAACAAACCAAGCAUCAAUCACCAAGGAACCAUGUCUGGAAGGUAACCAUCUCACUCUUUGACAGAAAAGGAGAAGGCUGCAAACAAUCACUCACCAGGGCCAAAAGAACAGAACCCAUGCCUGUGGAGGAGAGCAUGAAGCUCCUCAAUCAAACAACAGGUGGUGAGGCCCAACAAAAAUGCCACCUUAAGAAAGACAUCCUGGAUGGAAGGGGCCAAAAGGAGGAAAGAAACAGACCUGGUUGAGAGAUCAACAUGACUCAGGAGGUGUAUGAGCUGCCUGGUGGCGAAGGAAAGCACAAGGCUAUUUGCAAAGUGAUACCAAAGAGGUGUCAGCACACAAUAUCAACAGGAGCAGCUCCUCCUAAGCUGAAUGAUGAGAGGUGACAGUAUUAGUCAUAAGUUGCUGUUAAACAACUAGACAAAAAGGACAAAACUACUGGAACAGACAUGGAAGAAACAUGCGAGACAAGGUGGUGAAAGGUGCACCAGGAAACUUCAUAUUGUCACAGUGAUGGAAGAUACAGGUGGGACACAAACAAUUCAGUUAUUUGUGCAUAAUACAAAUGGGGAUGAACUAGCAUCAGAAAAUCCAGAUGCAUAGAUCAGGAGAGAAGGUUGAACCAGCAAGAUAUGUCACUGCACUGAUAUCAGGGUUCAGACAUUGGACAAGCAGAGCUGGAAACAAAGGCUUAAACCGUCUGGCCAAGGAGCCAGAAGUUUACCAAGCAGUGUAACCAAGCAGGACACCCAGGUUUUAGGGACGCUUGUCCGAAAAACUGACACAGAAUGCAGCCAUUAGAAUGAACAUGACUUCGAAGGACAUUAGUAACAUGCCAUAUAAACAAGUGUUUGAUCCUUAAAGCAAUCCAAAAUAAUAUUUCUCCAAAUACCUCCAACCACAAGGCCCUGCAGAAACGUCAGUGACUCGUGCAUAACCCAACUCUCCACCUCGUUGGCCUGGCCUGUUGGGCAAAUUCCCAAACACCAGAGAAGUAACUGAUGGUGCAGGAGUGUAAACGAAUGCGUAGGGAAGGGAUGCCCCAGACACAUGCAGUUCGAAGCAAAUACACACAACAAGUGAAGCUUGUAAACACACAUGUUUACAAGUUUACAUGUGAAGCAAAAACUAAAGGUUAAGAAUGGUAGAAAUGUGCAAUUCAUUAUUGGCCAAAAAGGUUCCUACCAAUACAGUAUAGGCUCCUACCUAUAUUGCCCAGAUUUUCAUGUGACAGGCAUGAAAUGCUACAGAUUGAAUAAAAAUAAGAAAAUAGCUUUACAGAAAAGUCAAAUAGUUCCUUAGAGCCAGAAGGAAAUGGAUUUUAAAAAAGCAGCAGAGAGAAUUAAUUAUGUUUGAAUAGAAAAAGUAACAGACAGAGAGUUGUUGUUGAUUGAGCAAGUUAUGUGAGAAGGCGGUGGAUCAAACCAUCAGUACUGUAGUUUCAGAGCAUUACAUUACAAAGAUUAUUGGAAAGACAGGACACCACGAGCAUAGCCUUCAAACUGUAACUGCACUUAAUUAAUUACACAACAGUUUUUAUACAUUACAGUACAUUGCACACUUAGAUUAGGAUAGAUAUGUAAUACACAUCAAAACAUUCCAGAAAAAAACAAAAUGGAAAUUCCAGUGUUUGCAAACAUACAAGACCUAUAGUAAACAAGGAGAGCUAUGAAUAUGAAUGCAUUUAAUAAAUGUGACAAUGGAGUGACAGCUCAUAAAAUGAAGUUCAAAAGAAUAACAGAAAAGUGAGGAGUUGGAGAUCCAGUUUCCUAACAAGCAGUCACAGAGUAACAGUAAACCUAACGGAAUCAAACAUGGGCACAAUUAAAAAGUCUGUGCCCCAAGGUAAUGUCCGUGCACUACUGCUCUUCCUCUUAUCAGAUACAAAUCAAACUCAGCGUCGUGUCAACUUUUGCAGCUUGUACUAAGGUGAUCAUGAAUGUUCCCUCAGUGAAAGACAAUGAAAAAACUAUAAACAAUUGGGAAAAUAAAUGGAUUGCACUGAAACUAGCAGUUGAAACCACCGCCAUCCACAGCUUCAAGAGCUGCCUUAGAUCACAUUCCCCAUAGGUAUUGCUCAGUAAGCACUUAUUACAAUACUUUUCUGGGAGGGCCCCCUCAGCAGAGCCACAAGCUUAAUACCUUGUAGCUGGUGCCAUCGUAAUGCAUGGUUACGCUGGGCAGUUGCCCAGGAGCCCCACAAUUCUAUGGGCCCCAUGCUACCAUAUUGUUUACGAGUGCUUGGCAGAGUGAGCAAUUGCUCGACCUCCCGCUGGAAAGGUCUGGGAUUCAAAUCUCUCUUUAAUUUGUUUAUAAUAUAAAUAAUUUGUUAAUAAUAUAAAUAAUUUGUGCAUAACUAUCUGAGAAAAAAAAGUAACCCUGAGGAAAACAAUGAACAAAUCCACAAGUGUUAGGCCAUAGAGGUAGAACAUUUGGUUGACAGAGCCUGGGUGCAUGGGGGAAUUGUAUGAAACUCCAAUUUGGCUUCAGAGAAGCUUCAGGAUCCUAGUAAGGGAAGUAGCACUCCAGGUUGCAAUUCUUUUGACCAUAUCGUGGUACUGUUGACUAAGGCACUUCUGGGAACAUUCCGUGUGUAGGUUCGAACCCUCAUCACGGCCCUUGUGGAUUUGUUCAUUUGAUAUAUCACGUUAUUGUGAUUUCUGUGUGUAAGGCAAACAAUGUUGCCAUGGAGAAAGUGUCCUAUGGUUGGUGUACUUGACCACCAGCAGAUGACAGCUGUGGUAACCUGGGCUCCCUGUCAUUGUGGUUGUGUUCUUAUAUGCAUCAAUAUUGCUUUGUGCCACUCACAUGGCAUAGGACUCGCUCUUCAAUGUGAGGUCUGUUGGUGGGGAGUGUAGUAGUUAGCUUCAUACUUGUGUGACUAUUGCUCUGGGCUCUGCUUUCUGCACAUGUUAAUGCCUUGUGCUUUAGCUACCAGGAGUGUGUUUGGGUUACAUACAUCAGGGUUCUUGACUGUGGUUGACCAUUGAUGUCUGGGCUCUAGAUGGCCCAUUGGACUGGCUUCCCUGUGUAUUGUUAUCUAGGCAUUACAGUCGCUGGCUGCUGAAAGGAAGGGGGGAUUCUUCCUUUUGCUCUUGUGUGAUCUGUGGUGCUGCUGCUGUUUAUGACUGAGUUCAGUAUUCUUUCUGGCAUACUGGCUUGCCUGUUUAUUGAAGUUUACUACACCUUCAGCCUUUGGUUCCCUGCAUUUUGACAUGUGUGCUGACAGUGGUUGUGGCAGUUCACUCGGAGGUUUCAAAUGUAGCCCCAGAGCCUCCCUUUGCUGUCCCCAGCCCUUCCUCUUCUGCAGCUGGAAUAGAUUUCAGGUUUAUGGAGACUGAGGCAGUCAUGGGUUUAUCCUCUCUCUCUAUGCAGCCUUGUUACAGCUAGGCCAGAGUGAUAGCUAUACAGCUGUACCUGGGAUUGUGGGACAAUUGUGCUCUUUGCAGCCUACUGCAGAGGCUUUUCUACCUCAACCAGCCUCUAGAUUUCUAAGGGCACCAACAGUCUAAUGCAGUCCUUGGGUGGUUUCUGGCAUGGGCGCCAAUGGAGUUUCAGGCCUAGGUGGUGUUAGUAUUCCUGGGCUGUGUCCCUCGGUGGGGCCUGACAGCCGAGUGGACAGCGCUUCGGAUUCGUAGUCCUGAGGUUUCGGGUUCGAUCCCCAGUGGAGGCGGAAACAAAUGGGCAGAGUUUCUUUCACCCUUAUGCCCCUGUUACUUAGCAGU